AUGGACAACAACAGGAAUGCGGCCGUCGAGGCAAAGGACAAGAGCAAGGGUGGUAGGGGUGGUGGUGGCAGAUCGUCAAAGGAACACAGGGGUGUGUACGAAGAGUAUGUGAACGUAAAGGAUGGUACGCGUGGGGAGCCGGCAGAAUCUGGGGAUGCCAUAAAUAGAAGGGUAAAGUCCGCGGUGCACCGCACAAGGAGCCACUCAGUGGUUGGCGAGCUUGCACCCGAUGCGCUGCAUGAUGCGGAUAUUUGUUGUGCUGAUGAUGGAAUGAUGGGGGUAUCGCGCGGCGAUAACGAAAAGGAGCGGAACGAGAACAGCAGGGCAGCUGAAGAGCGGAUGAAAGGGUGUGCUGAUAGGAAUGAAAGUGACAAGGGCAGGAACAGCAACCGAACUGAGAGUGGCACCAGCAGAAUAGAGAAAUACCGGUUGAUCGGUCAUGGCGAGCGUGUGAACGAGGAAUACUUGCGUGGCAGGGAAAAGAGCAACCGUAUCAAAUACGGGAACGAGUACCGCGAGGGUAAGACCGCAAAAGAGGAGCAGCUAAGGGACAAGCACCUUAGAAAUGCCUACGAAAGACGCAAUGAGGGCGAUUACCACGAUGACAGGUACCAGAUCGGUGAGCACCGCAGGAACGGUCAUCAAAUGCACAGCGCGCGAACAGAUGCUCCUCGUAGUGCCCACGAAAAAGAUACGUGUUCUAUCAGCAGCACGCUCAAGGGAGAAGAACACAACUCAGAUGUGUACAGGAACACCCCUGACAGCGAUCGCAGAGCCGAUGAUGCAGAUGCGCAAGAACGUGCGCACCCCGAUGAUGAGCGUACGCGUGUGUUCAAGGAGCACAUGAUCGAUUUUAACAGCCGCGAUUUCCGCAUAAACGAGGUUAACGUACGUACCGGUGACCACCCGGCAGACCGAAGAGCGCUGAGUAUGCUCGAACUGGAAGACCCGCGAAAAGCGCACUUUGAUUUCGGGCUCGACCAUUACAGGGGCCUCAAUCACAGCAACACGUACGCAGCGAUCAACAACUCAAAGAACCGUGGCAAGGCGAACGAGAGCAGCAUAGGUCGUGUCACGGCGAUGGCAAACAACCCGGACAUACCACUGCCCAAUUCCUUUCAAACAGGCCAUCUCUACUACAAGGACUUCUACAAGUCGAAGAUGACAGGAAAGAAAUCAGAGAUAAUUAAGGGACCGUGGUCCAAAGAGGAGGACCGCCGUCUUAUAUCGCUCGUUAACAUUCACAAACCGAAGAACUGGUCGCUGAUUGCCAAGCUGAUGAAGACCCGCGUGGGCAAGCAGUGCAGAGAACGCUGGCAUAACCAUCUGCACCCGGCAAUUAACAAGGCACCGUUCAGUACGGACGAAGACCGCCUUAUCUGCUCGUUGCAUGCUCGUUUUGGUAAUCGAUGGAGUGAAAUCGCGAAAUAUUUGCCUGGAAGAACGGACAAUGCGAUAAAGAACUACUGGAACAGCAAAGUGCAGAAGAGAAUGAUUAAGAGACGGGCGAUGAGCGUGUGCAACGAGAUGAAUGGGCUGGACAGGCUGGUGGCAGCAACGGUUGGCGAGAAGGGCAGAAGCAAGAGCUACGGAGAGGAUGGGGACGAGAUGGGCAGUGAUGUGGGAAAAGACGAGUGCAAAGGCGAGGGAUCGGAACAUGAAAUGGCUGAAGGAGCUGUGCGCAGCGAUUGUGAUGGAAACGAUGGUGGACGGGUCGAGGAAGCGGACGGGAGACGGACCGAUGAUGUGUACACGUAUGAGGGAAUGGAAGAUGCAGGCGAGAGAAGAAGAAAUGAGGAGAUGCGAGCACGGAACAAGAACGAUGAUACGUAUGACAGAACGGGCGAGAGGAACAGAAAACGAACUGGUGAUGGCUAUGCCAGGCAUUCUCUUGAAAUGUCACCACGUGUAAGGCGUUCCUUCGACGUAUCCCCGCGUGUCAGACACUCCCUUGAGAUACCUGCGCUGCAGUCUGAUCAAAAUGCGUCAUCGCCAAGAAGAAGAACAGAAGAGGAGAUAAGCACGGCAAUGGCAUCAACACGUAUGAAGGUGAGCGAUGAUGCACCCGUUCUGAGGGUGCUGCCGCGCCGUAAUGCGAAUGGCACGCCUUUUUCUCUCACCGAUCCGGCGUAUCGCGCAGCAAAUGUUCUGCCACGGCCCGGUCACGUGCGUAACACGAGCAGUGCAUCCCAUGAUCAGUUCCUAACAUCACAUGCACAGCACGAGGAUGGUGAGCAGUACAAUCACGCGGCACGGUCAGUACCUGUUGUGAAUGCCGAACAUGCACCGAGACGUACUCACAGCGUAGAUACGGACAGAGAGGGCGAAGAGAAGGACGAUGAGAAGGCGUGCGAGAUUUUGCUCUCCUUUAAGAAGAACGAUGAGGUGAACAUUAAUUUAAAGUAGCGGAGCAUUAACGCAUGGUAUUGGUGCUGCUGAUUUGUAAUUAAACCCGUUUAUAUGAAGGCACUUAGAAUGUACCACACGUUACGUACGCCCUGGUAACGGCAUGUAGACGUAUCUUCUGCUUCUUGCAUAGCAUGAGUGUUUUUUGGUUCGAAGAACAAGGGCCUUGUCAG